AUGGCUGGCCCCAUGUUUCCUACACUCCGUGUCCGCUCCUUCUCUCCCCCCUUCCCCCCACAACAACAGGAGGACCAGAUCUUGUUGCGGAUGGUGCGGAAGCUAGGCGGGCGGCACUGGAACAAGGUCGCGGAGAAGGUUCCGGGAAGGAGCGCCAAGAGCUGCCGGCUGCGGUGGUGCAACCAGCUGGACCCAACUGUGAAGCGCGGUGCUUUUAGCGAACUGGAGGAUGUGAUUCUAGCGGAGGCGCACGCGCGGCACGGGAAUAAGUGGGCGCGGAUCGCUAGGUAUCUGCCUGGGCGCACGGACAACGCGAUUAAGAACCACUGGAACUCCACUCUUAGACGGAAACGGCUGGGUGGCGAGCCUGCUGGAGCUGCUGAUGGUGGUGCUGCUGAUGGUGGUGCUGCUGAUGGUGGUGCUACUGAACUGGUCGCGAGGUACCUCCCUGGGCGCACGGACAACGCGAUUAAGAACCACUGGAACUCGACGCUUAGACGGAAACGGGUGGGUGGUGGGACUGGCGGUGCUGCUGCUGAGGCGUGCAAGGAAGAGGUCAACGCGAUUACGGACCACUGGAGCUCCACUCUUAGACGGAAACGGCUGGGUGGUGGGGCGAUUUGCGAGGCACCCGACUUCAGACACUCCCCAACCGACUUCAGACACUCCCCAACCGACUUCAGACACUCCCCAACCGACUUCAGACACUCCCCAACCGACUUCAGACACUCCCUAACCGACUUCAGACACUCCCCAACCGACUUCAGACACUCCCCAACCGACUUCAGACACUCCCCAACCGACCUCCGCCCCUCUCCGGCCGAACUUCACCACUCUCCAUCCGACCUCACCCUUCCACCUUCCAGCGUUGAACUUCUACCAACCACGCUCGACCUUCCACUCGCUGAUAUGCCCUUUGAAGUUCCAACGUUAGGCUUCACGUGCCAAGUAGUGAGCGAUGAGGACCACUGUACUGCGGUUGCGAUGGGUGUAGAGGGGUUUGGUCUUGAGGCAGCACAAAACCAGUGUGAUGUAGGUCGGUUGGGUAAAGAGGGGUUGGAAGCGGUGCAGCCAGUGGGAAGUGUAGUUGGGGAGGUUUCGGCAAAUAGAGCGGGUACGGAAGAGAGCGAGCAUGAGGAGGAGUGUGAUUGUGAGGAGUGUGCUUGUAACGAGGAGAAUGAGAUAGAGCUGCCUGAGGAGGGUGAGAAGCGUGGCCUUGAUGCUGUGUCGGGUGACAAGGAGUAUGACAAUGCCAGGCGUGACAAUGGGGGGUGUGACUAUGACCCAGACUGGGCAGAUGUAAUGGAGGGCGUGGAUCUGCUGCCAGACAGGCUGCCAGAGGAAAUCAACGGUGCUACUGAUGAUGAUGAUGAGCAGUUGGUUCCCAUGGCACAAAUUGCAAAGACUUGUUCCCUGCGAAGCUGCGGUGGGGAGCAACUUAGCCCUGACACCAGCUGCGCGAGUCAAGUGCCCCCCGAAAAGGUAAGCUGUCUGCUGCAGCAGGUGAACUGCCUGGUGACGUUUGAGUCGACUCACAAGUCACCUAGCCGUGCCACCAACAACACCAGCUGCACCAGUCAACUGUCCCCUGAGAAGGUAAGCUGUCUACUGCAGCAGGUGGACUGCCUGCUGGCUGUGCUGCGAGCUGCCAAGAGCUCCCCCUCUACCCGCUUAUCCCCUCUAGCCACCUGCCACCAGUAG